UCCCUUUCCUUUACUUUUUCCUCACUCGAAUCAGAUGGGAUAGAGUUUUGCCGGCAUAUGACGGCUACCCUGACGUAACUAAGCUUUUUUCUGUCAUCUAACAUGUCUAGAUUCGUUGUUUCAGGAGAUUUUCACCUUUCAAUUUCAUUACCACUUACAAUGUUUUAGUAUCACCGGUCAAAUUGAUCCAGAUUUUCUUCUUUUAACGGAAAUAAUCAUAGGAACAUUACAUAUAAGCUGGAAAUUUGAAGGACAUGGAAUCUGGAUGAUGAAGUUUUUAGGAAGAAAGGAUAACAAACAUAUAUCUAGUACUAGCAACAAUACGAGGAUUAUUUGUAAAAGACAUCAUGCAUAGACACUGCCAGCCAGCAUUGUAUCAAAUUUCUGGAAGUUUUAGAAAACAACAAAUUGCAUUUGGACUUCAGUAUCACCAUUAGAAUUUUUCUUUUCAAGGACUAACCUUGAAACAAUAUUGGGCUUCAAAAUUCUGGAUUUGAAAUAUUCAUAUAUUGGUGUUUUGAGUUACAGUGACAUUAUAAAGAAACAAAAAUUACUUUACUUCAGUACAGUUGGAAUGGUCUACAACAGACAAUAAAGCUGCCAUCUCAUAGAAAAAUCAUGAGUUAUCUUAAUUCUAUAUUUGCUUCAAGAGACACACAAUAUGGCAGUGUCCCUGUUAGUGGGGGAGGCCUCAGUCAAAAUAGGAAGUUUAGCUAUGGAUAUGCAAGCUCACCAGGGAAAAGAUCUUCAAUGGAAGACUUCUACGAGACACAGAUUUGCGAUGUUGAUGGUCAAAUAGUAGGCCUCUUUGGUGUCUUUGAUGGCCAUGGUGGUGCUCGAGCUGCAGAAUUUGUGAAGCAAAAUCUCUUCACCAAUUUAAUAAGUCACCCAAAAUUUAUCAGUGAUACGAAGCUGGCAAUAGCUGAUUCUUACAAACAAACAGACAAAGAAUUCCUUAAUGCAGAAAACAAUCAGCAUAGAGAUGCUGGCUCCACUGCAUCAACAGCAGUUCUUGUUGGGGAUAGAUUACUAGUUGCCAAUGUUGGAGAUUCCCGAGCUGUAAUAUGCAGGGCUGGAAAAGCUGUUGCUCUUUCAAGGGACCAUAAACCAAAUCAAAGUGAUGAACGGCAGCGUAUUGAAGAUGCUGGAGGCUUUGUUAUGUGGGCUGGUACCUGGCGUGUGGGUGGGGUCCUCGCUGUUUCUCGUGCUUUUGGUGACAGGCUUCUGAAGCAGUAUGUGGUAGCUGAGCCAGAGAUUCAGGAAGAGAUUGUUGAUGACAAUGUGGAGUUUCUCAUUCUCGCAAGUGAUGGAUUGUGGGAUGUUGUUUCUAACCAGGAUGCAGUUGCUAUGAUCCAGUCUACUGAGGAUCCCGAAUUAGCUGCUAAAAGGCUUACAGAGGAGGCCUAUCGAAAAGGCAGUGCAGAUAAUAUUACUUGUGUUGUGGUUCGAUUCCAUUGUUGUUAGGUUAGUAGAAGUAUCCAGAACUGACUCAGCGCAAAAGUUGAAAUUUACACUGUAAAAGCAUUGUAUGCAACAGUCUCUUUGUUGCUUAAGUCUGAUGAGGGUGGCCUUUUCUCUCACAUUUGAUGACAUUGCAUGCACCUUGUGUGCUAAAUCUACCAUAGAAAAUUAGAUUGCAGAUGAAACAGGUGAAGGUACAUAGAAUCCUCACUGCAGGAUAUAUGAAAAAGAGCAUGCUUCUCGUAGUAUGUGAAUUUUUUUCACUUAAUAAACUAUUUGUUCACCACGUUGAGUUGUUCUACGAUGCGGAGAAACAACUGAUGGAUUCAAUCUCUUGAAGUGAAUACAUGUGUUAAAUUGACUAUA